GGAGUCUUCCUCGAUCCCGUGGUGCUCCGCGAAGCGGCCUCGCUCUCUUCCGGUCGCGGGCACCCGGGGCGCAGAGGGCGGUCGCAGCGGGCACCGGCUGUGCGGCGGCAGAAUGUUGGCUACCAGGGUGUUUAGCCUAGUUGGCAAGCGAGCACUUUCCACCUCAGUGUGUGUACGGGCACAUGCACACGGAAGUGUUGUGAAGAGUGACGACUUUGCUCUCCCAAGUUACGUUGAUCGCCGUGACUACCCGCUGCCUGAUGUGGCCCAUGUCAAGCACUUGUCUGCCAGCCAGAAGGCCUUGAAGGAGAAGGAGAAGCAGCCCUGGAGCAACCUCUCCCUGGAUGAGAAAGUCGAGUUGUAUCGCAUUAAGUUCAACGAGAGCUUCGCCGAGAUGAAGAGGGGCACAAACGAGUGGAAGACGGUUGUGGGUGCUGCCCUGUUCUUCAUGGGCUUCACGGCGCUCAUUGUCAUCUGGGAGAAGCGCUACGUGUAUGGGCCCAUCCCGCACACCUUCGAUGAAGACUGGGUGGCCAAGCAGACCAAGAGGAUGCUGGACAUGAAGGUCAGCCCCAUCCAGGGCUUCUCUGCCAAGUGGGACUACGACAAGAACGAGUGGAAGAAGUGAGACCCUGCUGUCCCUGCGUCUGGACCUCGCCUUGUUCCGUCACCUCCGUGCAGCUCGGCAUAUUACUGGAAACCCUAGUCAAACUAGCAAUGCUAAUAAAUGACAAAUUUACGUGAAA